UUUAAAAUUACUUCAUAUGCUUCACAUGUAAAAUUUACAUUUUUAAAAAUAAUUAUGUUCAUAUUUUGAUUAGUUUGACAUUUUAACGAAAAGAAAAACAUUUUCGAAAAGUAAAUUAAAGUAAAAUUACAACAACAAUGGAUGUAAAUGUAAAUGUAGAAUAUUGUAUUGUGUGUGGAUAUGAGAAAGAAUUUUUGGAUAUGACAAAGGCAAUUAAAUCAUUUGUACCGGAUGCAGUCGUCACUGGUAAUGAUGGAAAAGAAGGCGCCUUUGAAGUAUCAAUUAACGAACAAUUAGUGCAUUCUAAACUUCAGACAUUAGCCUUCCCGGAUCAUAGUAACGUGGGUGAAAUUGUGAGAGAAGUAUCUGAAGGCAAUCCAGUUAGAAAAGUUGAUAAGCAACAACCAAUUGAAUGCUCAAUACAGUAGUAAUUUUAUCA